AUGGCUCUGGUCAACGGCUUAUACCUUGAAGAGAUGGAUAGUGCUCCCGCUCUUGUACGCUCCUUAUUCGAUUCGGUGAUACGAGAAGAUCUUCUUUUUCAGCUGGCGCACAGCAUUCGCAAAUUACCCUUUGAAGCGCGUAAAGAUACACAAACGAUUGUGACACAUAUAUUACGGUACAAGCCAAAUAAUGGACCUGGAGACCCGCCAGCAAUAGAUUACAUUGUUCAUCAGCGGCCGGAAGUCAUUAUUGAGCUUUGCAGAGGCUUUGAAGACCCUCAUAGUGCCUUAUCAUGUGCCUCCAUUCUCAAGGAGGCUGUCAAGUCCGAUGUCAUAGCCGCUCUCAUUCUAUAUGAUCAAUCAAACGAAUAUGAACCGGCGGUUCGACUCAACGACAUAAAUGCUGAGCAACCGCAGACGGGGGACGGUAUUUUUUGGAAGUUCUUCGAGUGGAUUGAUAAAGGCAGUUUUGAAGUGAGCGCAGACGCGUUUACCAUAUUCCGGGAUCUCUUGACGCGGCACAAAACAUUAGUUGCCUCGUACCUAUCCGCAAACUAUAGCCUCUUCUUUGGCAGAUAUCACCAAAUUCUCAUACAAUCCGACUCCUACGUAACGAAGCGACAAAGCAUCAAGUUACUUGGCGAAAUUCUUUUGGACCGCACCAAUUAUAAUGUCAUGACAACAUAUGUUGACAGCGGAGAUCACCUUAAAGCUUGUAUGAAUCUCCUCAGAGACGACCGGAAGAUGGUGCAAUAUGAGGGUUUUCACGUUUUCAAGGUAUUUGUCGCAAACCCGAACAAAUCCGUGGCCGUACAGAGGAUUUUGAUAAAUAAUCGGGAGCGAUUGCUCAAGUUCCUGCCGAAGUUCCUCGAGGAUCGCACCGACGACGACCAAUUCACCGAUGAGAAGGCUUUUCUUGUCCGGCAAAUUGAGCUUCUUCCUAGUGAGCCUAUCGAACCAAGCUAUUCCUCUACAUCGCGACCCAGCGUCAACGCCGCCGCAGCCUAG